AGCUCCAUGCUGACUGAUCACAGCUGUGUCAGUGAGAAAGGUCUCCAUGGAUGCAGUUGUGGUGUUGGUGUUUAUUCUCUCCUGUCUGUUUCUCCUCUCACUCUGGAAACAGAGCUCUGAGAGAGGGAAGCUCCCUCCUGGCCCUACUCCUCUCCCACUUAUUGGCAAUUUGCUCCAAAUAGAUUUGAAGGACUUCAGAAGAUCCUUGACCAAUUUCUCAAAAGUCUAUGGCCCUGUGUUCACCCUGUACAUGGGCAGGAAGCCCGCUGUGGUGUUGCAUGGGUAUGAAGCAGUGAAAGAGGCUCUGAUUGAUCAUGGGGAGGAGUUUGCUGCAAGAGGAAGCUUCCCAGUAAAUGAAAGAAUUAAUAAAGGCCUUGGCAUUCUUUUUAGCAAUGGAAGCAGAUGGAAAGAGACGAGGAGAUUCUCACUCAUGACUCUGAGGAAUCUGGGUAUGGGCAAAAGGAGCAUUGAGGACCGUGUACAAGAGGAAGCACAGUGUCUUGUGGAGGAACUGAGGAAAACCAAUGGUAAGUGCAGGUUUAUACAUUUACAUCUCAGUCAGGUAUGUGUGUAUGUCAUGUUUUUAUUGUUUUGUUAUUCAGAAGCAAUGAUUAUAAGUUUCAUGUAAAUUUUGUGUAGAGUU